UCCGCUUCUUCAUACAUGCCAGAACCCUUGUUCGGUAUAUACAUCCAAACAUGUCACAAAAGUGAUCGCUGGUCCCGUAGUCGUAAACGUUUACCUUUUGAAUUGUGUGGCCCAACCAAAUGCCACUUGAACCAUUCAUACACGAUAAGUUUUGUGUAUAGAGGCAACUUGAAAGUUGAACAAUAUAUGAAGCUCUCCGUAAAUUUGGAGGAUUAGUGUUUGUGAUUUGGUUCCUGUGACCUACGUGUGUGUGUGUGUGUGUGUGAAUUAGUGGGGGCUUAAGUCUACCUACCAAGUCUCAACUCUUGUGCAAUUUCAAGAACUGCUCUAUAAUGUUCCAUAAUUUUUUGUUCUAACAAAGUCUUUUUGAGAGAUUAUAUUCUUUCAGCUGCUCAUGUGUUGUUGUGGAGGAACAAGAAGAUCUUGGUGUGUCGGUGUGACCGUUGGAACGGAGGUUAACCGUGGUUUGAUGUUUCUUCAGGACUUGGCUUGUAGAGGGAGUUUGAAACAGUUCCUCAUGGCUGCGAUUGGACUAUGGCUAGCCGCAAUGAUAGGGAGCUGUUGCAACUUCCUAACUGUUUUGUAUAUUGGGUUUGUGGGAGCAGGAGGUGUGUUCGUUUGUAUUUUCCUGUGGAGGAUCAUGUUGGGAUUGCUAGCACUUUCGUUGGUCUCUCUGAGGGUAUGGCUAAGUACGGCUUCCUUGUUCUCUCCUCUGCUAUUGUCGCAUUUGCUGUAAGUGUUUUUGGCUCUCUCUGUGCCCAUCAUCUCCUAUAACUUUAGCAUUGUCUAGAACUUUGAGAGACAACUUAGGAUUGGUUCAGUGGUAGAUAAUUGUCCAGAGGUAAAAAAUGUGGAACUGUUCUUUAGUUUUCAUACAAAUAGAGUACUGUUUUGUAGUGUAUGGAUGUGAAAUUGAGCUAUUGAGAUAGUUUUGAGGGUAACCAGGAGUAGAUAUACAGGCACAUUUUGAUUCUGUUUGCAAAA